AACAAAUACGCUCUUCAGCAAUACAUAAGCUUCACAAGCUUCAUUUUUUUCUUCGAGGGAUUAAAACCACUGCAGAUACUAUGGCUUCUGAUCAAAUCUCAGUGUGUCUAGCGGACAUUUCAUCUUGGAUGACAGCUCAUCAGUUGGAACGUACAGUAGUCCCAGCAAAACUGAACGGCUGGUCAUCCCAGGUGAUUCAUCCCCAGCCCAGGAUCUUGCAUUAUCUCUGAACAACUCAAUGAUCUCCCCUUGAGCCACUGCUCACAACCUUGGGGUAACCAUGGACAAUCAACUGUCCUUUUCCUCGCAUGUUGCUAAUGUGACACGCUCAUGUCGGUUUCUUCUGUACAACAUUGGAAGGAUUCGACUAUUCCUAUCCACACAGGCUAUUCAAGUGCUUGUUCAGUUUCUGGUUAUUUCAAGACUGGACUACUGCAACUCUUUACUGGCAGGUCUUCCUCUGAAUGCAAUUCAUCUACUGCAAAGGAUCCAAAAUGCAGCUGCACAGCUUGUUUUCAACCUGCCCAAGUUCUCCCACACCACCCCACUGCUGCGUUCCCUCCACUGGCUUCCAGUAGCUGCGUGCAUCAGAUUCAAAGCACUGAUGCUUGCCUACAAAGCCUAGCACUGCUCCACUGGUCCCACCAUCUCUCAGGGUAAUAGGUAGGUACUCAUCUAGACUCUUCUCUGUUCUGGUACCGAGGUGGUGGAAUGAACUUCCCCUAGAUGUCCAUACAGCCGAGUCACUGACUGUCUUCAAAUGACGUCUGAAGACCUACCUUUUCCUGAAGCACUUAAUCUAGCUCUUAUCAUUUCCUUUAAAAAAAAAUUAGGCUAAUGGUAUUCUAAGUCUGUAACCUAUUGAACCAGUGUUAAUGUAUUUAUUGAUAGGGACUUUAAGCACAUUUGUACAUCGCUCUGGAUAAGAGCGUCUGCCAAAUGCUGUAAAUGUAAAUGUGUGAGGAAAGCCCAAAAGAUCAUCAAAGACCCAACCCAUACAAGCCACAAGCUGCUGUCUCUGCUGCCCUCAGGACGGUGAUACCAAGUCCAAAACUAGCUGAUUGAAGGACAGCUUCUUCCCCCAGGCUAUCAGACUAUUAAACUUCAUUCUCCAGCCCAGGCUUUCCUGUUGUUUUGUACUACCUCUAGGACAUAAUAUUCAUGUCUGUACCAUCUCCAAUAUAUAACUCUGUGUAGUUUUCAUGCUACGCUUCCCAACCCUAGACUGGGUCGUAACAUUUUAAAAAAUAAUGUUCCUUUGCAGGAGCUUUCCUUUGCUCGUUUAAGCUCUGUGAAUGGGUAAGAAAGCCAACAGUCUGGGAGAAGCCAAUCAUGGAGUACAUCAGUAGCUUCAAUUGUUUGAGUAGUGGUUAGGGAAACUUAAAAGGAAACCCAUCCUACUGGAUAGUGAUGCCAGGCUAGUCCCAGGACCCUCUAGCGAUUAUAUCCCACUGGUAGCUUGGGACUGUUCUCACUCUAAAAGAAUCUAAAGUCUGUGGUGAGGGUUCUAGCUCAACAAUAACAAAAAUCCAACAAUGACAGUUUGAUUUUGUGAGGAUUUGAACUUAUGGUUUUGUAAUCAGUAAGCCAAUGCCUUAACUACUGAAAUACCACUGCCAGAUCAUAUGCUAGCAUGAAAAUUUAGUGUCAUAGUUGACAUUAAUUGAGGAUAAAUUUUAUUUGGUCUACUAUAAUGGGGUCCACCCUAAUGGAAUCUCUUUGUCUCCUGUGCCAGUCAUGGCUUCCUUCAGCAGUGUCCUGUGUGAAGAUGAGCUCCAGUGUCCUAUUUGUCAGGAUGUGUUCACUGAUCCAGUGACUACUCCAUGUGGACACAACUUCUGUAUGAUCUGUCUCAAAGAGUUCUGGGACAGCAGUUCACACUGCCAGUGUCCAGUGUGUAAAACCGAUUUCCCAAAAAGACCUGAGUUAUGUGUGAAUACGUUCAUCUCUGCACUUGCUGCUCCAUUUAAGGUGUCAGUGAAAUCCAGCAUUGCUAAAGGAAAAAACACCCAAUCUCUGGUGUUCUGUAACAUCUGCUGUGAUAAGAAAUGUGCAGCUGUGAAGUCCUGCCUGAUCUGUAUGACCUCUUACUGCAAGACUCACCUGGAACCUCAUGAGAGAGUUUCUUCAUUAAAGAAGCACAAAUUGUUGGAAUCUGUGGAGAACCUGGAGGACUACAUCUGCCAGAAACAUGAGAGACCACUGGAACUGUUUUGUAGAGACGACCAGAUGUGUGUGUGUCAGUUCUGCACUGAGACAGACCACAAAACACACAACACUGUUCCUCUAGACGAUGAGAGUGGAGAGAAGAAGAUUCUGUUGGGAAAGACACAAGCAGAAGUUCAGCAGAUGAUCCAGGAGCGACUGAAGAAGAUUGAGGAAAUCAAACACUCUGUAAAACGCAAUAAAAAAACUACAGAGAUGGAGAAAGAAGACUUUGUGGAGAUCUUCAGUAAUCUGAUUAGCUGCAUUGAGAGAAGCCAGGCUGAGCUGCUUAAAGUGAUGGAGGAGACACAGAAAGCAGCAGAGAAGCAGGCUGAAGAGUUCAUUAAAGAGCUGGAGCAGGAAAUCACUGAGCUAAAGAGGAGAAACACUGAGCUGGAGCAGCUCUCACACACUGAGGAUCACCUCCACCUCCUACAGAUUUACCCGUCACUCUGCAGCCCUCCACACUCUCAGGACUGGACUCACAUCACAAUUUACUCUCAUCUGAGUAUGGAGACUCUGACGAGAGUGCUGUCACAGCUUCAGGAAACUCUCAGAGAGGAAAUGGACAAGCUUCCCGAGAUCCAACUUAGAAGAUUUCAACAAUAUGCAGUGGAUGUGACUCUGGAUCCUGAUACAGCGAAUCCUAAACUCAUCCUGUCUGAUGAUGGGAAACAAGUUACAUGUGGAGACAAGAAACAGAAUCUCCCUGAUAAUCCAGAGAGGUUUGAUUGUUGCCCCUGUGUGUUGGGAAAGGAGGGAUUCACUUCAGGGAGAUUUUACUAUGAGGUGCUGGUCAGAGGGAAGACUAAGUGGGAUUUAGGAGUGGUCAGAGAGUCUGCUGUCAGGAAAGGAGAGAUUGCAUACAGCUCUAAAGAUGGAUACUGGUGUGUGUGGCUGAGGAAUAAGACUGAAUAUAAGGCUCUGGACUCUCCUCGUGUCUCCCUCUCCUUUAAACAGGCUCCUCAGAAGGUGGGGGUGUUUGUGGAUUAUGAGGAGGGUCUGAUUUCCUUCUAUGAUGUUGAUGCAAAGUCUCAUUUCUACUCUUUCACUGGUCAGACUUUCACUGAGAAACUUUACCCAUUAUUCAGCCCAUGUCGUAAUGAUGGAGGUAAAAAUUCAGCACCACUGAUCAUCUGUCCUGUUAAUCAUAUUCAGUUGAAUAAGUUUAAUAAGAGUCAUAAAAUAUAAAUUUGUUUUUUGUUGCUCUCAUUGUGAUGAUCCUUCAUGCUAAAGUGGUAUAUUCCUUCCAGGAUCCAUCAUUACUCCUACUAAUCUCCAACUAAUCUUCAAAUCACACAUUUCCAUCUGUAAUAUGGAUCAAAUGUUAUAAUGCAGGCUAAUGUGCAUUAAUCACUUAAAAUAGAAGUUCAUUUUUAAGCUUUUGAUUCCAAAAUAACAUCCACACUGAGUGAACAGUGGAUUCAUUUAACUGGGGUGUAAGUUUGCUUUAUUUUCUGUAAUGUUCAAUGUCAUAAAAAUGAUUUCUUUAUCAAAGAUGUAU